AUGUCGUCUCUUCCCGCUGCCUCCCCUUUCCCCCCAGCGACCUCUGCCCUCAGACGCGUUGCCAUGGAGACCUACUGGAAGGAAGUACAGAGCAUCGAGGAGGAGGAGGAAGAGGAGGAGGAGGAGGAGGAAGAGGAGGAGGAGAGGAAGAGUAUAGACGAGGUGGAGCUGGAGGAGGCGUGGCUAACGGAGGCGGGGCUGUCGUCCCUGGUAACCAGCUCGUCGUCAGAGGAGCCGCCGGCAGAGGCGCUGCUGUCCACGUUGUCACGGCAACAGGUCGCCACGGUGAGGAAGAGGCUGGAUAACUACACAGAGACACUGAGGAAGAGGAACAGGCAGCCAAUCAGAGACGUCCGUGAUAUCUUCACUGUGGUGAGAGCAGCUGAUUGGCUGCUGAGGGACUGUCCGUAUUCAGAGGGCGUGGCUGAACACAAAGGGGGCGGGGCUUGUUGGGACUGCCGACGUUUCCAUGGAGACGACAGCAGUGACCUGCUGUUUGUACCUGUCCCCCCCCCCCUCACCUGUGCAGAUGACCUCUCAUCAUGUGACCUUCGGCGUCUGGGCUUCAUCGCUCACAUCGAGCUCUCCACCUUCCUGCUGUGUCUGGGCGUCCGAACCAAGCGCACCCGCCCGCCACGCCGCCGCCGCAGGGACGGCGGCGUGUUCGGCGUUCCUCUGGACGCGCUGCUGCUCAGCGACAGGAAGUCAGCGGCCGGGGUCAAAGUUCCCAUCGUGGUCCAGAAGUUGUUGUGUAUUUUAGAGCAGAGCGGUUUACAGACUGAAGGGAUUCUCAGAGUACCAGGAUCAGCUGCUAGACUGAAGUACCUGCGUGGAGAGAUAGACAGGUGCUCCGGAGGGUUCGACUGGUCGGCAGUGAGACAGGUCGACGCUGCCGGUCUGCUGAAGCUCUUCAUCAGAGAACUACCCUCACCCCUGCUGACACACACACACCUGACCUCCUACCUCGCUGUGCUGGUGCUGAUUCAGUUCGGUCUGCGCACAUACAGGCAGAAAAUAUGGAAAGCUUCACUGAAGGCCAAAGUGUUGAUUGACAAAGGUCUGCGUGUCACAGAGGAUCUUACUUUCUGGGAGAGACAGUGUAGAAACAAACUGUGGCCACUUGUUGACAGGGCUCGCAAGGAGGGAAAAAAGACGUCGUGGAGAGGUCCUGAUGUGAUCAUCGAGGGCAAGAAAAUCACCGCUGACUCUGUCAAAUGA